AUGGACCUUACUGGGUUCAGAGAGAGUUCUCUACAUGGGCAGAUGCUACGUUACACGGAUGACUAUCUUUCAGGUAUGUUCCAGGGUGCUGCGGGUCCACAUCAGGCUUAUGAUGAAGCUGGAGGAGCAGACCAGCAGGAUCAGUUUGAGGGUUAG